CGGUGCGCUCUUGCCGACCCGCCAGCCGGCACGAAUACAAAACGCGCUCAACCGCGCCCUGGCUAGCCUCCGGCACCAGAGCGGAGGAGCAGACUCCUCUACGACUACAUCCCAAACACCACCUCUGCUCCCCUACAACCUGAGCCUGGAGGUGGUGGCUCGAUCACCCGCGGCAGGGGACCCGGAGUCGUUGUCCCGUAGCGCUUGCCAGGACCUGGUGGUCAGGGGGGUGUCCGCGGUGCUCGCUUUUCCCCGUUCCAGGGAAGAGCUGAUCCAGGUGGAGUUCCUCUCUUCUUUUCUGGAGAUUCCUUUCAUCUCUAUCCUGGAGGACACCGAACCUCUUGUAACCAAGAAUCGAUUCCACCUGCAGAUGUCGGCCCGUGUGCCUCCAUCAACCCUGGGCAGCCUGCUGCUGGCGGUCCUGCAGGGGGAAGGAGGAGACGGGGGCAGAGGAAGCCGGGGAAAAGACAGCUUGGGAGGAGCAGUUGUAAUUUGCCCUGGGUGGGAGGAAGGUGGUGAUGGGUUGCUGUCUCACCUGCAGAGGCACAGUGGUUCUAACUGGCAUUUGUGGGACAUCGUGAACCUGACUGGCAUUACAGGGGGUGGGGAUAGAAGGGCAGAGGCCAGCGAAGAGAGGAGGGAGGAUCAGAUGGAAGAGGAGGCUUUGAAGAUCCUCUCCACCCGUUUCCUGCACUCCCCCUCUCCCAUCUCCUCUGUUCUUCUCCUGGGCUCUGACCCCGAGUGUCUCUCCUCCGUCCUGCGGGCUGCGCAGCGCCUCGCUCAAGCACUACCAGCACUGCAGUGGAUCAUGGGAUACCCUUUGUCUCCGGAUUCACUACACACUCUAGGAGGUCCCCUUGGAUUGUUAGCCUACGGGGAGGUUGGCCGCAAGCCAAUCAGCUUCUACAUUCGGGAUGCUUUGCAGUUGAUUGGCCGAGCAGUCACUUCAGCAACCAUGGUGAGGCCAGACUUGGCGCUCAUUCAGAACAUGGUGAAUUGUUAUGACAAACCAAACCGACAUGAGCUGCCCUCUUCAGGACAGUAUCUAGCCAGGUUUCUCUCCAACACUUCCUUCACCGGGGCUACGGGCCUGAUCCAAGUGGAUGCUGCCCUUUCUCGUGUCCUCUCCUCUCAGCUGUUCCACGUGUGGAGUCUGAAAAGAGGUGCUCUGGGCCAACCGGCAUGGGUUACUGUAGGACAGUGGACGAGAGGCAGACUCGAGCUGGAGGGAGGUAUCCUAGGACUGGUGGGAGUGUUCAGGAGCAGCCAAGGACAAGGUCUUGGGGCUGGGGUGAGGGGAGGCGACGGCCUGGGGGAAAGUAACAUUGGUGGACGCUGGAGGCCAGGACUUUCCAUUGAGGGCCACCGCCUGAGGGUGGUGACACUGGUGGAACACCCGUUUGUCUUCACGCGGGAGGUGGAUGCGGAUGGACUGUGUCCAGCUGGUCAGCUUUGUUUGGACCCAAGAACCAACCGGUCAGACAUAAUCCAUGGCCUCUUCAACCAGCUGCACAACCCAAACACUACAACUGCAGACUGGGAGGGCAUUGAACUACCGGAGGACCUCAGGAAGUGCUGCUAUGGGUACUGCAUCGACUUGUUAGAAAAACUGGCAGAAGACAUGGGUUUCACCUUUGACCUCUAUAUUGUGGGAGACGGGAAGUAUGGGGCACUGAGCGGGACUGGACGCUGGACGGGGCUGGUCGGGGACCUGCUGGGCGGAGCCGCUGACAUGGCCGUCACCUCUUUUUCCAUCAAUUCCGCCAGGAGUAGAGUCAUCGAUUUCACUUCGCCCUUCUACUCCACCAGCCUGGGCAUUCUGGUUCGUAGCCGGGACACUGCAGCUCCCAUUGGUGCCUUCAUGUGGCCUCUACACUGGUCCAUGUGGGUGGGCAUCUUUGUCACGCUGCAUCUCACCGCGUUCUUCCUCACCUUGUACGAGUGGAACAGCCCCUUUGGCAUGACACCCCAUGGCAGGAAUAGGCUGCACGUGUUCUCUUACUCCUCUGCCCUCAAUCUCUGCUACGCUAUACUGUUUGGACGUGCUGUCGCCACCAAGACUCCUAAAUGCUGGACAGGACGCUUCCUGAUGAACCUUUGGGCGAUCUUCUGCUUACUGGUGCUGUCCAGCUAUACUGCUAAACUUGCUGCAGUCAUGGUCGGGGAAAAGACCUUUGAGCAGGUCUCGGGAAUCCAUGACGACAAGCUGCAACAUCCCUCCCUGGGUUUUCGUUUUGGCACGGUGAGGGAGAGCAGCGCUGAGGAUUACAUGAAGAAGAGUUUCCCGGAGAUGCACAACUACAUGAGACGCUUCAACCAGCCCACCACCCCAGAAGGUGUACAUAUGUUAAAGACAGAUCCUCCUACCCUGGACGCAUUCAUCAUGGACAAAGCCCUGUUGGACUUUGAGGUCUCUAUUGACGCAGAGUGCAAACUGCUAACAGUGGGGAAGCCUUUCGCUAUAGAAGGCUACGGCAUCGGCCUGCCCCAGGGCUCUCCUCUAACUCGUAAUGUGUCAGAGUUCAUAAGUCACUACAAGUCUGACGGCUUCAUGGACAUGCUGCAUGACAAAUGGUAUAAGGUUGUGCCCUGUGGGAAGCGAAUCUUUGCAUUCACCGAGACUUUACAGAUGGGGAUCCAGCAUUUUUCAGGCCUGUUUGUGCUGCUGUGUAUAGGAGUGGGCGGAGCCUUGCUGACCUUGGCAGGUGAACACACCUUCUAUCACCUGGUUAUCCCUCGCCUCCGGCGCACGCACACGCUGCAGUACUGGCUCCACACCAGCCAGAAAAUUCACAGAGCCCUCCACACC